GAGGAGGAGGAACGGGAGGCGGAGGAAGAGGAAGAAGAAGAAGAGGAGGGAGGAGGAGUCGACCCACCUCGCGAAGUCCUAGCCCGCAGGCAGCGGCGCGACGCGCCGGGACGCCCGCCUGACCAAGCUCGGGGAAGCCGGACGGCUCCGGGCCGCAAGCAAGGCGGGCUCCGGCUCCCGCCAAACAGACCUUGCCGGCCCGGCUCGCACUUUCUCGCCGCUCAGUCUCUGCCGAGAGGACCUUGCGUCAAGGCUGCCCAGGGAAAGGCAUGGAGCAUCUCAGCCCCCCAAAAAAAACUUCCUCCCGGAUUUGUAGCAUAGAGGAAUGUGAGCGCCGGAGCCGCGACUGCUCGCCCUUUCUCCGCCUCGCGCCGUAUGCCCCUCCUUACUUCUCCACUAGCCCCUCGCCCUUUCUUUUCUCUCUCUCUCUCUCUCUCUCCUUUCUCUCAGGCUCGCCUUCUCGCUCCUUCACUCUCCUUUUUCCCCCUCUGCUUUUUGCGAAAAAAAAAGGGGGGGGGGAGAAAAAAGAAAGAAAGAAAAAACCAAAGAAAAGGCGCAAAUCAUGCACAAUAUUGUCUUUUGCGGUUUAUCUUCCUGGGGAGAAACUUUCACCUCCUCAGCCGGGCGGUGAGCGCGAGACUGAUAGCAGCAAUCAUUCCUGCAGAUAAAUGAAUUGAAAGGACGACACCGUCCCCCCCUUGAUGAAUGGGAGCAGGGGGAGGUGUCACGUGCUGCUGACGCGGGCGCCCAUUGGUGUGCCCACACUCCCCCCUCCUGCAGCCGCCGCGCCAACGGAGGGCGCGCCGAGGCGCCGCGCGCCGUUCAUUGGCCCGCCCGCCUCAUCAAUCCCAGGUAUUGUAAAGCGCUUGACAUCCCCUUUUGACAAACAGGGCUGCCAGGAGUAGCAACUUUUUUUUUUUUUUAGCCAAAUUUUUCCCUCUUCUCAUGGAAGAAUUGUUUUGCCACGAUUCCUUUUCCUUCUCGCAGUGAUAUACAUUCCUUCUCUCUUCUGAUGCUUCUCUGUCUCCCAUUCCCUCUCCCUCUUCCACUCCCUCUCACUCUUAUUUCUAUCUCUAUCAUCUCUCUCUCUCUUUUUCUCUAUCUAGUCCUUCUUCAGACCUGCUCUUAGCUGAGCGAUUAGCUACUCCGGGCGUCUCCGAGAGUAGGAGGUGGGGAUGGGGCUGGUAAACACAGCUAAGGCACUUCCAGAAUGUCCCGAUUCAGCAACUUUCUUUUCUUUCUUCUCCCCUCUACCCCCACCCCUUCAAGGGCAGCAAAGGAGGCUUUUGUUAUUUGCUCCUUUUGAAGUUUGCUUCCCUCUUGCCUCGUCCCCCUCCUGUUCAUAAUUUAAGAUCUCGGUAGCACACGGGCACUCCACUAUGAAUUUACAAGAAAUGUGAUUUCUGAGGGUAAUCGGCUGCCUCGAUUUUCUCACUUUUAUCAAAUAAACCAGGCUUCCUGCGCUUCCCUCCCCCCCCCCAAUAAGCACAGGUGGAUGAGCUCUCUUAACUUUCCAGAUUGUUAAGGUGACAUAUUUUUGUGUGUGGCAAAUUGGAAACAUUGUUGCCGAGUUGGUUUUUUUUUCCCUUCUCCUGGGUUAUUCUUCUUUUUUCUUCCUUUUCCUUAGUCUCCCUGGUUUGCCCCCGCUAACCCCCUCCCUCUGCACUCCUGUUCCCAACCGAGGCCCCUUUCAUUCAGGUAAAACUGUAAAUUUCCCAAUGCGCCAUUGUUCUUCAAUACUGCCCAAAGCUCCCUAGAAAUCCCCGAAUACUUUUUUGGUAUUUAAAUCCCCGAUAGAUAGGACCAAUGUAAAUUUUGUGACAUUCAAACCUUUUCUGGUUCACAAAUCAGUCACCCUUGUCACAGUUAUUGAAAUUCCGCAACUCGCCACACCAGGACGGUGGAAAAAGCGGGCGCGGUCUUUGUUGCCGACCAGGCUUUUGAUCGCCAGAGAAAAUUUACUUACCUUCAGAUGAGUGAGCAGAAAAAGAAAUAACACUCCCUUUGAUUUAGUUAGGAAAAUGCAGACAUUUGGAUUCAGUGCAAACAUACAACACUCGCUUGUUUUCGCGAUGCGGCCCUCGAUUAACCUGUCUUUGCCCAGCGCAAAGUCUAUUCAACAACUGCGCGUAGUUGCUUUUUGUCCCGUCCACAAAGAGCCAUUGACUAUAUAUUAAAAUGAUUGUUGAAAGGUAGAGGAGUAUGGCACUUAAAAGCAGGAAAAAAAAAUCCCUGUGACUCAAUCAAUUAAGGCGAGCAACAUUUAUGCAUUUCAAAAAAUGCACGCAGAUGCGGGGGGUUGGGGGAUGAAGGUUGCAUUUCUGGAAGCUCUGUUUAAAACCCAACAGCCCCGGCCGGCCGGCCGAGGGUUUAGCUGUAGCGUCUGCAUAUUCAUUAGGUCUAAUUAUUUUCUAGUAAGGAAAACACAAAAAGCCAAGAGUCGGAAUCCUUCAAUUUGCCCUUUGUUUCUAACUUCAUUUGGCUUCUUUGCAGCUGAAUCAGAGCCCUAAACUCUUCUCAGACAAAGAAACCUCAACUCAUCCUUUCACUGGCGGCCCCGUUAGGAAACUCACCAGUGCCCCGGCGAGAGGAAAAAAUGAAAAUGAAUAUUUUUUUGCCCAGUCGCCCGCGCGGGCCGCACCGGUGGGAGGAAGGCAGGGUCAGCGGCAGCCUCUCCUCGCCUUUCUAAUUUUCUGGUCUUUUCAUCGACUAGAUUGUCGCUUGGUGUUGGCAAGAUGAGUUGCCCUUUCCCUGGGCUCUCCCGGCUCAAAACUCCGCUUGUGUAUCUGGGAUGGUUUCCCGGUGUCUGAAGGGACCUGGCCAGCAUUUGCGCUUAUUGUGCUGGGAAAUAGAAAUUUGAGAAAGGAAAAAAAAAAAUCAUGUUCUGUCCCCAGCAACAAGUCAGUAUAGCAGCCCAGUAUUCCCCACCAACUUUGAGUGGAACCAGGUUGGGGAAUGGAGGGAAAAGGGCUAUGGCUUGAGGGGUGGUUUUUCAAAAACAAAACAAAACAAUUAGACAGUUUGUUCAAAAGAUGUAUCAGAACUACUCAAGGGGAAGUUGGAUCUUGCCUUCAUUUCAGUUGUAAAAACCUUAUUUGCAAGGAGAAGUUUUCUCUAGAGGCUGUAAUAGUGUUCUCACUAGGGAGAACAAAUAUUGAACCCACCUCGCCUGCCGUUCAAAAAAAAAAAAAAAAAAAAACAAGGGAGGGGACCUGAGGGGGAAUGGUAGCCGUUGGGAGGGGGAGAGGGAAAAUAAUUCUUCAAAAAAGAAAAGUCAGUCCUCUCUCUCCAGUCCGUGGAAAAUCCAAGGGGGACGUUGACAAGAGGGUAUUUUUAGGAAACGCUUCCAAAUAUACAGGGUAAGAGUGAAUGUGAGGAAAAAAAAAAAAGUUGUGGGUUGUAGAAGUUAUCAAGUGGGAUUUGCGGCGCUCUCUGCAGGAAACGCAAGCGGCUCCAGUUCAAAGCCACAUGCACCAACGUGACAUAUAAGCCAUUAAAAUAUCAUCCUGACGGCUCAUUUCUGCUUCAUCAUACAUUCCCUAACUGCUUCCCGAAAGCUGGAAAAGGAGAAAUGAAGGAUGACCGCCUCGCUGGAACCACAAAAGAGAGGCUUGGAGGGGUUUGUGGUUCCCCCUCGGCCACCCCAAAGUGAUGUGCAGAAAUGAGGCGAUCCCGGCAACAGGUGGAGCGGGGCUCAAAGUCAGAAAAUGAGAUACAAGACUUCCUUGGUGAUGAGGAAAAGAUUACGGCUUUACCGAAACUCCCUGAAAGAGUCUAGUAGCAGCUCCGGACACCAUGGCCCCCAGCUUGCUGCCGCCUCCAGCCCCUCGGUGUUCCCGGGCCUUCAAGAGCAGCCACCGCAGGCCUCCCCCAGCGGCACUUUGAACGGACUCCUGCGUCUGGGGCUCCCUGGAGACAUGUACGCGCGGCCCGAACCGUUUACGCCGGGACCGGUGGCCCGCAGCGACGCCCUGGCAGCUGCCGCGGCCCUGCACGGCUACGGGGGCAUGAACCUGACCGUGAACCUCACGGCGCCCCACGGUCCCGGUGCCUUCUUCCGCUACAUGCGCCAGCCGAUCAAACAGGAGCUCAUCUGCAAGUGGCUGGCAGCCGAUAGCCCCGCGCCCCCGCGCCUCUGCUCCAAAACUUUCAGCACCAUGCACGAGCUGGUCACGCACGUCACCGUGGAACACGUCGGCGGCCCGGAGCAGGCCAACCACAUCUGCUUCUGGGAGGAGUGUCCGCGCCAGGGCAAGCCCUUUAAAGCCAAAUACAAACUUGUAAAUCACAUCCGCGUGCACACGGGCGAGAAGCCCUUCCCCUGUCCUUUCCCGGGGUGUGGGAAGGUGUUUGCUAGAUCAGAAAAUCUCAAAAUACACAAAAGAACUCACACAGGUCAGUAUUCGGCACUGUCUGUCUCGUGCGGACCCUCUGGGGGAGCAGGCGGCCUCUUCUGGGCCCUCCGGGCUGGAUUUCCUCAAGUUCCAUCUGGGUGGAGGGAGGCUAUCUUGGUAUUUCCAUGACCCAAGUCCAUAAAAUACUAAUUAUGCCCUUCUAUUAGAAUCACAGAAGUUUCCUGAGCCUGUGUGUGGAGGAAAGCAAGUGAUUUCUGCUCUGUGAGAGGGGGCGAGUGUGAACAUACUUGGGUCUCUGUGUGUGCAAAUGUGUGUUCGCUGAUCGAGCUUGAUUUGCAGGUUUUAAAACAGCACUAUUCCCCAAAGUCAUAAGACAUAGUACCAAUUUCAUUUUCUUGGUCCUUUUGGAAUCCUGAGGCAAGUGCUCUUCCCCUGGUGGACGUGACAACCUGACUACCACCUGAACUAAGGGAUCAUCGGGCCCUUGGUGUCUUCUUGAGGAUUUGGGGGUCUCAUGGGCUGACCUUGACCAGGUUUUGGAGCCUUGGUGACCUGACACUUGGGAUGUUUGACAAACUCUUUUGCUUUAGCAGAGACCAAGGAGACUCAUCUGCCUUAUAUGUCGUUUACUGAGCUGUUAAGUGAAAUGGGGACAUGUGUCAACCACAUCUGUUAGUUCUAGUUAACAGAAAGAACAGGAACCUGCUGAAGAGCAUGCAAAGUUGAACUCCUCUGGCCAGAAGCAUCUCUAAUUAAUGCAAUUGCAAGGAGAAAGUUUUCACACUUCCCAGAACAGCCUGUGAAGUUACAUUAAUUAGUUUAGCAGCCGAUGUUUGUAUUCUCUCUAGCUAGGGUUUUCUCACCCAAACACCCUAGAAGUUUAAGAAGGCAACAUCUCCUCUCCUCUAUUUUGGGGGCUGGAGAGGGGGACUGGUGGGGAGAGGAGAAGAUAAAAUAAGUUCCAGCUUGGUGCCCCCCACUUCUCUUACUCUCUUGGGGCUUUACCUUACUCACCUCUCUUCUUGGUGGAAAUAUCAGCAAGGAUUGAAGUCAAAGGACUCCCCCAGGCUGAUACUGCUGGGGAAAGAAACUUGCAAAGCCUGAUUUCUCCCCCAAGCCCUGCAAUCUUGGGGAAGGUCCUUGGCCAGGACGCUGGCACAGGUGGAGUCCAGACCAAAGUCCACUCUUAGUUUCCUUUAUUUCCAUAGUAUAUCUAGAAAUGUACAAUUCCCCCCCCCCCACUGUUUCCAGUAUCUUUCCCACCCCCUCCGCAAGCAGUUGUUCCCCUUUAGCGCUCUCCGAGUUUCAUCCCAGAGGAGGGGAGGAGAAGUGAGGCCCCAUCACCUCCCACAGGCCCGCUGACUCCAGGAGUUGAUGGCCCGUACUGCGAAGGUAGACGCGCAGUCCUGAGCCAGAGAAGGAACUCAUUUUUAAUGACGGGUUUGUUUUUGUUUUUGUUUUUUUUAACAAACAAACUUUUACUGCUCUUUGCCGGCCUACUGUUUGAAGUCCAUGAAGCAGAAAAUGGUUAAAUUCUUAGUGCAAUCGACCUACAGCAGAGAAGCAAGUUCAGUGCGCCCGGGCUGGCUCAGGUUUGCGUCCAUUCAGGACAGAAUUUU